GUAAACAGAAGCUGUAUGUGAGAUGUCCCUCUAUUCUUACUGUACAUAAAUACCAACUCUAUAACUUCGUAACAAUGUCUUCAGUUCAAUAUUUGAGAGACUUUAUCAACGAGCGACUGACGGUCGCUGCUGAAGAAAUUUUCGGAGUUAUUGAAAGAACUAUAGUCGAAUACGAAGAGGAGAUCAAUCGUCAUCGGUGCCUGAUUAAUGAUGGUUGGAAACCUGAGAGGGAAUCACACAGGACAGAGCUCUUACAUCAAGACGUCUGUAAGGAGGAACAGGAGGUUUUCUCUGAUCAGCAGCUCUGCAACCAGGAGAGGAACUCCAGACUGGACCAGGAGGAUCAAGAGUCUUCGCAGAUUAAAGAGGAACAGGAUGAGAUGCGCACCGGUCAGGAGGGAGAGCAGUGUGAACUGAAGAGGGAGAGUGAAUUCUUUGAGUUGACUCUUGUUAGUGAGAAAAGUGACCCUGAAACGAAAAGUGACAAUCAGUGCUUCUCUCAAAGCUCUAAUGAUGCUGAGUACCAAGACCAGACAGCACUGACACCUGAGACUACAGAGCCAGAUCUCCAGAAGAGUUAUCAAGAAAACAGUAACAAUGUUUACAACUCAGCCAUGGCUUCUGUUAAGUGUUUUACUCACACAAGGACAAAAUCUUUCAAAUGUGACCCAUGUGGAAAAGUUUUUAAGCACAAAUCAAGUUUCGAUAUACACCAAAGAAUCCACACUGGUGAAAGACCAUACCCCUGCAACAUCUGUGGGAAAAGUUUUUCCCGAACGCCUGACUUAAAUAGACACAAGAGAAUCCACUCAGGUGAGAAGCCAUAUCCAUGUGAAAUAUGCGGAAAAGGUUUCCUGCUUAAAUGUCUCGUGAAAAACCACAUGAAAAUGCACACAGGUGAGAAACCUUUCUCCUGCAACAGCUGUGGGAAAAGAUUUUCCCGGACACCAGACUUAAAAAGGCACAUAAGGAUCCACACAGGUGAAAAGCCGUACACUUGUGAGACAUGUGGGAGACCUUUUAGGUACAGAAGCGACUUAAUAGUCCACACAAGAAGAGCCCACACUGGGGAGAAGCCUUACGUUUGUAACACUUGUGGGAAAAGAUACUAUGAUUCAUCUCAACUGGCAAAGCACACAGCAUUGCACUUAGAUAAAUAACCUUGUGUUUUCAACACUGAUGGGAACUGCUUCAGCUUAUGUUAAAGUUACAUCUCUGUAAUUUCCUAUAAAGGAGAAAUGAAACACCUUACUGUGUAGAAGGAACAAAUUUUAACAGUGUCAUUAAGCUAUCUUAAGGGAUUAUAGUUGUUUUUCCACAAAUCUCAUCGAGAACAUGUCGAACUUUAACUGUCUUUUAAAGUGCAGGUUACAACACAAGGAAAUAAAAUGU